CUCAUCCCUGCGCCCCGGACGCUCCACUCCUCCUUCUUCUUUGCCUUUUAUUGGCGAGGUGGAGCCUGAGAGAGACACCCCGACUUCUCCAAACUGAACUGCCGGAGAGCGCAGACGGACGAGACAAGCCAGGACCGGGACCAGCUGGAGAUCCAGGGCCGAGGAGGGGACCAUAAAGACGGGUUUUGAGUGGAGGAAGAGGGAUAUUUGCGUGCGCUCUAACCUUCGGCUGAUUAUUCUCUGCUUUUCAAAAGAGCUCCGGGGAAAGAUGAAGUCUUUCGUCCUGCUCUCUCUCUUUGCCACGGUGAUCGCCGGAAAGUCACCUCGGCUGAAAUUUGUUGUUCACGAGCCGUCCAGGUUCCACUUCGGCAAACCUGAGAACUACAUCAGCAUGUACCACGACCAAGGGAGUGACACGCUGUACGUGGGAGGCCAGGCCAUGAUCUACGUGUUGGCGUUCACUGACAGAGGGGUCCGCGACCUGCAGAUCCCAGCGGCUUCUGAUCAGACUGCAAUUGAUACCUGCAAGGCCAAGGCUGCGCCACUCGAGCUGGAGUGCGAUAAUUUCAUCACUGUCAUUCAGAAAGUAAACGACAGAUUCAUCGUAUGCGGGACAAACGCUGGGAGCCCGAGGUGCUGGAUGCUGGUUAACGACACAGUGCUGACUGAUGUUCAGGGCGGUGGACAGAUAGGCUCGGCCUCUGACAUCUCACCACCGUACCCGUCCCAGAAGUCCAUCAGCCUGCCUGCAGAUGGGAGCCUGUACUCUGCUAUGUCAUCAGUGGGAGGUCACGCCGGCACAAUCCGGCGUACGUUUGGCCCCCAGAAGCUCCUGAAGACGGAGAACGUUUGGCUGCUGAAUCCACAGUUUGCUGGUGCAGCCAUAAUCCCGUCCUCUCAGAAGUUCAAGGAGGAGGUUUACUUCUUCUUCAGUGAGCUCAACAAAACUGCCAGAGUGGACGAGGAACCGUACAGGGCCCGCAUUGGUCGCAUCUGCACGGUGGAUGAAGGGGGCAUUAAAGCUUUGCUGGAAAACUCGUGGACCACCUUCAUGAAGGCUCGGGUGAUGUGUGGCGCAGGUAACACCCAGCAACAGUACAACAACAUGAGGCAAGCGGUGGUGCUGACGGCAAAGGACAAGAGGGCAGGUGUGAUGUACGGCCUGUUUUCCAACCCAUGGGGAAGAACAGUGAUCUGUGCCUACUCGAUACAAGAUAUUGACCAGGCCUUCUCCACGAGUAAACUGAAGGGCUACAGCAGUCCAUUCAUUGGCAGCCGCCCUGGAAUGUGCGUCCACAAAAACUCGACGGCAGGAGGUCACAAUGACAUCAAGAACCUCGGGGUGAUCAGAUACCACCCAGAAAUUGAGGAUGUGAUCCGGCCUGUUGGCGUGGCUCCACUUGACCUGCCCACAGACGACCAGAUCACUCACACCGUGGCGGACAUCGUCCUCGCAGUCAAUGAUGAGCACUACAGCGUCCUGUACCUUGGAACAGAACAAGGCAAAGUUCUCAAAGUUCUCCACACCAGCGACGGCGUCUUCAUCGUGUCUCAGUACUCGCUGUUUCACAACAAGGGUCCCGUUUUAAACAUGGCCAUCAACUCACAGAAGGGACAUCUGUAUGUUGGUACAGCGAUGGAGGUCCAGCGGCUGCAGUUGGCUGACUGCGGUCGCUAUGGCGACACAUGCAGGGAGUGCAUCCUUUCCCGGGAUCCGUAUUGCGGCUGGGACAGGGCCAGGAGAAAGUGCAUUCCCAUCCCGCCUGGAUACAACGUCACGACUGGGGCACUCAUUCAGAAUCUGGACUAUUCAAACUCCUCGGUUUGCGGGGAAGCUGCUGCUCUGAAGCAGCGUCGAACAUCACCAAAAGAAGUGGUGGUGCAGUCCAACACUUCUAUCUUCCUCCCCUGCCCCGUGCGCUCUUUCCACGCCACCUAUCGCUGGGAGAAGGACAACUGCAUUAAGAACUACCCGUGUCUCUUCUCUGGGGACUUCUGCGUCCUGGGGCCUCUCAUCGACACGCCCCUCAAGGAGGGCGUCUUCCGAUGCAUGGCCACAGAGGACGGAUUCAAGGUGGAGGUUAUCUCCUUCAGGCUGCUGAACGACGGCAGGCACCUGGCCGCCUCCCUGGCCUCCACCUUGGGGCCGUCACUGCUGCUGGCCAUGGCCACACUGUGGCUCCAUUAACUGCAGCUAACGCUAAUGCUAACCCCUCAUCCUUACUGGCUCCCAAUGACAAGAAAGACAAGGAGCCGCUGUUAGGAGGUUAGGUUCGCAGAGCAUUGAACUACAUGAUUAGGUUGUAUGGUGCCAAUCCACCUUUUUUUCCCAAUUUAGAGCGAGAGAGAAAAUAUCUGUAGCCGCGUUAACGAGAUCCGAAUAUGUUUUACGUCAAAACUCAAGUGAAUAGGAGUUACUGUCCUUAAAUUGACAUAUCGUGUUGCAAGUUUGAACUCGAUCCAACCAUAAUUAGGUGCUUUGCAAACCUUUCCUCUCCGAGUCAACUAGAAACAUAUCCUAUGAGUUGGGCAAAAAUUGAAAAAUGCCAAUACCAGGCCAAUUCUUUUACCAUUUCUCUACUUAUUUUGAAAUUGACUUGACUGUGCUUAUUUGUGAAUAUGUAAACCUUUAAUAACACUCGUACAUCUCGCCAUCCUCGUUGAUUGAUAUCUCAUUCGUACUUAGUAAAAAAAAAAAAAAAAAAUUAAAAAAAAAUAAAUAAAA